GCGGUCGCGCUGCGCUGCUGGAGCUGGCAGAGCGGUGGAAGUCGGGGUUCGAGGCGGUGCGGGCGCCUCUGCACGCCAGCUCGGUCCCGGGCUGUGGCAGCCCGGGAGGUGUGGAAACCGCCUGCCCCGGGGGCGUCCAAAGAGGACGGAAGGCGGGGGACGGCCUGCUCCUUCCCACUUUCGGGGCUCCUAGGCCAGUUCGCCCGCGCAGCCCUCGGGAACUUGUUAACCGGAAAGCUUGGCAGAGAAACAAAUGCCAACGUUUUGGAAGAACUGAGAGUCACGUCGUUAGGCGCUGAGGCUUUAUUUUCCUUCCCCGCCCCCUGCCCAACCUCGGCCCGACUUGGCCAAAGAAGGAUGUGUCACCAGUUCGGGGCCUUGGGCGGGAUCCCCGGCCCGGCUGGGAGCGGGAGUACCUGAAACAAAGACCCCAGAGCCAGCUUUCAUCCUGUUUUUCCAGAAGAGAAGGCGAAAUCCCAGUGAGGGAAGUGACUUGAUCAGCUUACUCAGUUGGUCAGCGCAGAAGCAGAAGCUGGGGCGAGGAGCUCCUGACUGCCCACCUGGUACUUUUCCCUGUAGCCACAUUUCCUGUUUCUCCACUGGCGUGAAAAUAAAAGUUUCUCUGUCAUUCACAGAAAAAUGGAUCAUUUAAACCUUUGGAGGACUCAGUUAUCACAAUACUUCUAUACUACCAACUAAGAUUUAUAACAGUAAAUUUAUGAUAGUAAAUUUCUGCAUCAUAGAAUUGCUGAAGAUCUAAAAGGAUAUUCUUUUAUAAAAAUAUUCUUACAGCACCAUGAUAUUACUAAAUAAAACUAAAAAGCACAAUUAUUAAAUUAUUAGACUUGCUAUACAAGCACACAUGUGCAACAGCUACUGUAUCCUGACAGUUACCAAACCUCAAAUUUAGAUUGUUUCCUUCAUGGGAAAGGCCAUUAUAUUUGCAAGAAACCACUGAACAUUGUCAAAUGUAUUUUCUUCCACUCAGUGUCAUUUAGGAGAAUUUACUUGAAACAAGUUCUAGAAAAUUCCAAGUCCCACCACCAAGUGGAUUUGAUAUUAUGGCAGCAGCUUACAGACUUGUGGUUAGUACUGUGAACCACUACAGCAGCGUGGUGAUAGACCGGCGUUUUGAGCAAGCUAUACAUUAUUGCACUGGAACCUGCCACACCUUCACACAUGGAGUUGACUGCAUUGUGGUACAUCACAGUGUUUGUGCAGACCUCUUACACAUCCCUGUGUCUCAGUUCAAAGAUGCAGAUCUGGACUCUAUAUUUCUACCCCAUGAAAAUGGGUUUUCCUUAACUGAAAGUGACUAUCCCCAUCAGGCCCUCACAGGCAUACCCAGGGCCAAGAAAGGAUCUACAUUUCAGAACACCUGUAAUGUAAAGGACAUUGCAGGAGAAGCAAUUAGUUUUGCCAGUGGGAAAAUAAAAGAAUUUUCCCUUGAAAAACUCAAAAACUCUAACCAUGCAGCUUACAAAAAGGGAAGGAAAGUUAAGUCUGACUCAUUUAAUAGGAGGUCAGUUGAUUUUGACUUGCUUUGUGGACAUUAUAACAAUGAUGGCAACGCCUCAUCUUUUAGUUUACUCCGGAGUUCUUCAGUUGAGGAAAAAUCUUUAUCUCGUAGAAACUCACUCGACAUGAACCUGACUUCAAUGUUUCUUCACAACUUCUCUGAAGAUGACCUGGUUACUCAGAUUUUGGAAAAACAUAAAAUAGAUAAUUUUUCUUCUGGAACCGACAUAAAGAUGUGCUUGGACAUCUUACUGAAAUGCUCUGAGGAUUUGAAAAAAUGCACAGACAUCAUAAAACAAUGCAUAAAGAAAAAAUCAGGGAGUGGCAUCGGUGAAGGAAGUGGUAACGAUGCAGUUUCUAGCUCUGAAACUGUCUAUAUGAAUGUAAUGACCAGGUUAGCAUCCUAUCUGAAAAAACUACCAUUUGAAUUCAUGCAGUCUGGGAAUAAUGAGGCUAUAGAUAUAACGGAACUGGUCACUAAUAUGCCUAGUUUACAACUGACUCCCUUCUCCCCAAUAUUUGGCACUGAACAGCCCCCUAAAUAUGAAGAUGUUGUCCAGCUCUCAGCCCCUGACCCUGGACAGUUUCAAAGUAUAGAAUUGCAAGAUGACAAGCAUAGUUCUAGGAAAACAGACACUGUAAAAUCCUUUCCAAACAACUCUACAAAUUCCUUAUAUAACUUAGAGAUAAGUGAUCCCAAAACUCCAAAAGAUGCCCAGCUUCAAACACGGUCAUUAACCAUGAACUCUUUAGAAAAUGUUUCUUCUAGUGACCUAAUGGAAACCCUUUAUAUUGAAGAAGAGUCAGAUGAAAAGAAAGCAUUAGAUAAAGAACAAAGGACAGAGAAUGGACCCAGUCAGGAGUUGUUAAAGGUCAAUGAAGAUAGAGCAGAAUUUUCAGACCAUGGUACUCAUCUUAAAAAAUGUCCUGCCUCGAUGCAGAAUGAAACUGGGAAGAUAUUUGAGAAACCAGUUGUUAAUCUACCUAAGGAAGAUCUUAAAUCAAAAGUUCCUCAAGUCAAAGAGGGAGACCACAGAGAUUUUAAAAAUUCUAACAGUCAGGAAGAGAUAGAUAAAUUGUUAAUGGAUUUGGAGUCUUUUUCACAGAAAAUGGAGACCUCUCUAAGAGAGCCACUUGCCAAAGGUAAAAGCUCUAAUUCUCUAAAUAGCCACAGCCAGUUGACUGAUCAGCCCUCUGUAGAUCUUGAACCUAAAUCUAAAGUCUCUUCACCCACGGAAAAAGUCUCACCUGCCUGUCUAACAAGGAUUAUUGAAACCAAUGGACACAAAAUAGAGGAAGAGGAUCGAGCCCUCUUACUGCGAAUUCUAGAAAGCAUUGAAGACUUUGCUCAAGAACUAGUUGAAUGCAAAUCGGGCAGAGGGAGCCUAUCACAAGAAAAGGAAAUGAUGCAAAUUCUACAGGAAACUUUGACGACUUCCUCCCAAGCCAAUUUAUCGGUUUGUAGAAGUCCUGUUGGUGAUAAAGCCAAAGAUACUACUUCAGUGGUUUUGAUUCAGCAGACCCCAGAGGUGAUCAAGGUUCAAAGUAAACCAGAAAAGAAACCUGGAACGCCCCUUCCACCUCCAGCCACCUUUCCAAGUACUCCCCAGCCCCUCUCCCCUGUUCCUCGUGUGAAUAAUGUUGUGAGUGCACCGUUGUCCAUAAACAUUCCACGGUUCUACUUUCCUGAAGGACUCCCAGAUGCCUGCAGUAACCAUGAACAGACUCUAAGCAGAAUAGAAACUGCUUUCAUGGAUAUUGAAGAUCAGAAAGCAGAUAUUUAUGAAAUGGGAAAGAUUGCAAAGGUCUGUGGCUGUCCUCUCUAUUGGAAAGCCCCCAUGUUCAGGGCUGCAGGGGGAGAGAAGACAGGAUUUGUGACAGCACAGUCAUUCAUUGCCAUGUGGAGAAAGUUGCUGAAUAACCAUCAUGAUGAUGCCUCCAAGUUUAUCUGUCUUCUAGCAAAGCCCAGCUGCAGCUCUCUAGAACAGGAGGAUUUUAUCCCUUUACUUCAGGAUGUGGUGGAUACACACCCUGGCCUCACGUUUCUGAAAGAUGCUCCGGAAUUCCACUCCCGCUACAUCACCACGGUUAUUCAGAGAAUAUUCUACACAGUCAACAGAUCUUGGAGUGGAAAAAUUACUUCAACAGAGAUAAGAAAAAGCAACUUUUUGCAAACUUUAGCCCUUUUGGAAGAAGAGGAAGAUAUAAACCAAAUCACAGAUUACUUCUCCUAUGAACAUUUCUAUGUUAUUUAUUGUAAAUUCUGGGAACUAGAUAGUGAUCAUGACUUGUACAUCAGCCAGGCUGAUUUGUCUCGAUACAAUGACCAGGCCUCAUCAAACAGGAUUAUUGAAAGGAUAUUCUCUGGGGCAGUAACAAGAGGAGAAACAGUACAGAAAGAAGGACGAAUGAGCUAUGCAGAUUUUGUUUGGUUUUUGAUCUCUGAGGAAGACAAGAGGAACCCCACCAGCAUUGAGUAUUGGUUCCGCUGCAUGGACGUGGAUGGGGAUGGUGUACUCUCCAUGUACGAGCUGGAGUACUUCUACGAGGAGCAAUGUGAACGGAUGGAAGCCAUGGGCAUUGAGCCCUUGCCAUUCCAUGAUUUGCUGUGCCAGAUGCUUGACCUGGUGAAGCCAGCCAGUGAUGGCAAAAUAACUCUACGAGAUCUGAAGAGAUGCAGAAUGGCUCACAUCUUUUAUGACACUUUCUUUAAUCUGGAGAAAUACUUAGACCACGAACAGAGAGAUCCCUUUGCAAUCCAGAAGGAUGUUGAGAAUGACGUGCCUGAGCCCUCCGACUGGGACAGGUUUGCUGCUGAGGAGUAUGAGACUCUUGUAGCAGAGGAGUCUGCGCAAGCACAGUUCCAGGAAGGUUCUUUUGAAGAUUAUGAAACAGAGGAACCUGCCUCUCCCUCAGAAGUUGGAAACAAAGGCAAUAAAAUAGUAACCUCAAGCCUUGCAGAGAAAUGUGGAAAGCUUCAGUCAGUGGAUGAAGAAUAGCUGCUGAUAUCUACAUGAAAGGGAGAUACGUAUUUUAAUUUUUUUCUUGUGAAGAGAUGUUCUAGUUUGCAUACUGCUUUUUAAAGGCUUUGAUUUCUGCAGGUGUGUAUCUGCACUAGGAACUUUAAAACGUUUUUAAGCAAUAGGUCUGGAUACAUACUCAACUUGGGAGAGUCCUCCACUUUGCUUCAAACCUCUUACAGAGUUUUUCCUCAAAAGCAAAUAUAAUGAUGUAUAUCACCAUCCAAAGUCUGUGAAUCAGCAUUCUUCACCCCUGAAUGUACCAAGGAUCUCUUGGGGAAAGUGUCAAGCACAGUUCUGUCCAGCAUCCCCGAGGCCCUCAGGGCUCCUAUGGAGCCCAGAAGAAACCUUCAGUUGCAGAAAAGGAGUAAAAAAUUCUGGAACUUGAAAAAUCAUUAAGGGCCUCCAGAGCUGAAUUAGCCCUGGUAAUAAAAGCACUGCCAAAACAUCUCAGAGACUUCUUUUAAUCAUGUGUGUACUAGAGUUCAAAGAUCUUGAACUUACUUGGUUUAAUGUAUUAUUUCACAAUGACCUGCCAAACUGCUAGUCACUUUACAUCCUCAGGUAUUGUAACCACUGGGCCUUCCAACUUCGCUGGCAAGCUCUAAAUAAUCCCCUCCCCAUCCUGUGUAUCUUAUAUAAAACCUAAAGAGAAAACUUCUCUAAUGAAGUACAGAAUUUGCUUCAUACUUGAAAAAGUUUCCUUUUAACUCAUCUAAUAUUUGUAGAGAAUUGUCCAAUGAUGUUAAGUCUCCAAAUUAGUUGAUGCUCCAUCUACAUUUCCUAUCAGAAAGCCUACUUGAAGACUUAAUGAUAUAUGAAAAUUCUUACUAGACAUAUUCAUUACUUAAUAUUAGACUAGGCCAAUGGUAAAGGCCUCAAUCUACACAUUAUUCCUUCAUGUUGAAAAGAAACAACUACUCCAAAUAUUCCAUCCAGCUCAGUAUUUAUCACGAAAAUAGAAAACAGUGAUGCCACCCAUAAAAGAAAGCUAUUUCAUGUUUACUAUAGUGGUAGAUGUGUUCAUUACAGAAUUCUACAUUUUUCAGCAGGUCACAAUGCAGCCAAAUCCUGCAAUAUCCUUGAAGAUAAAAAUUGAAAAAACUAUAAAAAGAAUGGAAAUUUUUGAUAGUUUAAGAAACCCCCCCAAGAAACUUACUAAUACGCAUGUCAAACUCAUCAACUUUUACCCUGGAAUUUAUGUUUUAACCACAAAUCCUGAAUGUCAGAAUAGCUUCCUUUCCAUCCCACCUUGGUCCCCGUGCUGGUGUGAAGGCCAAAUAAUGAAAUAAUCAAACCUUAGAAUUGUGGUAGGCAAAAACUGAGAAAAGGAGAAUUUAGGAAAUGUACUAUCAACUGGUACAGUAAUAGUUACCAAUCCUUCUUGUCAAUAUUGUCCCAUUUUCCUGUUAUUUUACCUUCAUGAUCUUCACUGAUCUUCCAUUUAACUGUUAGAGAAAAUAACUAUUAAAACUUAAUAUUAAUAGUUCACAAAGAACUAAAAGCUUAAAAGUGACUAAACUGUUAGGAAAUACUACAUGCAAUACCUGAACGUACUGGUAAAUCAUUAGGAUUAAAAGUAUUUAUGUGAUACAUGAAAUUUACCAUCUAUGCCAUCCAACCUUUACCAUGGAAGGAAAGCAAUUACUUUUUAAAUUUCAGAUAAAAAAUACUAAAAGGGAACACCUUUUUUUAGAAGUCAGAUUUGGUUUAAAGGUUUUAUUAUCCAUAAUGAUUUAAUGUUUCUAAGACUCAGCAAAAAGUAAAAAUAAAAUUCAAUUUUCCAAUAUACAUUUGAUUUUUUUUUUACUACUUGACUUUACUUUUUUACCUUGUUUCUCCUUGCUUUCACUUUGGUCAAUAUUUGGUUUCAAAAGUCUGUAAUUAUACAAGUAAACUACCAACAUCAUUCCAUUUAAGGCUUUUUUAAUUUAGGUUACCCAAAGUAUCAUAUUUUCAGACAUAAGAAUGUGUUUCACUGUACUCCUUUCUUAGAGUUGAAUGCAAGAAAUGUGAAUUCUGAGGAACUAAGAUAGUAUAUAUUUGACUUUCUGGUAAAGAUCGUGCUGAAUAUAAUCAUUACUGCCCAACUGGAAAAUUCAAGUUGUUACAAUAUCUACUUCCUUGAUAAAACUUGGUUUAUCAAGAUCUUAAUGCUAGUCAAUUAAAAAUAAGUUUCAUAGCAUAACAUUAAUUUCCAAGGUAAUCAAACUAAUGAAAUUCUAUGUAUUUUCCCUGUAUCUUAUCUAUGUCAUUGUGUACUGUUCAAAGUGUUUAUAAAACUCUAAAUUGAUUCAAUGGGAUAAGUCAUCUGCUCAACUUUUGGAAAUGUUAAGGUGUGUUUGGAUAGAGAUGCCUGCAUGAUUUAACUCAUUUUUGUUUUUCCCUUUUUCCAAAACUAAAUAAAGACAAGUUGUCAAAUAUGAA